GCCAUGCCCCACCCGUCGUUUGCAUCUCGGUGUGGCAGUCGUGACCGACCUUUUUUGUUUACCCGACAUCCAUCAUUCCUGACACAAAUCAGGUUCCCGAUCAAUGUUUUCAUCCAUUUCACACGCUUUCUUUCCUCUGCUUUUCUCUGCUGCUGAAGAGUACCUGACGACCACAUGAUUCGCUUUCUAAAGAUUUCCAUCGAUUCGCAAUUUUCUCACCGAGCGACAAACUUGAGCGCUCCCCUCCAUCGAGCCACUUCCGGUACCUUAACAGGACAUAAAUAUGGACUCUCCACAUCCCGAACCUACUACCUCUCCGUACAACUUCGGCCUCGGCCACGACUUCAGGAUCGCCCUUAUCCCACCCUUUCUGUACUUCUUGAUAAGAGUUCUCUCUAGUGCAAUGCUCAAAGAUCACCCGCUUCUUCUCGACCAACCUUCCUACACAAAGAUGAUGAAGAAAGCUGCAACGGAUAUACAACCAACUGUGAUCCUCUUGGUUAUCUUCAUAAUCUGUUGCACCUGUCGCUAUCACAACUCGAAGCGGCACAAACUGCUCCGGGCCGCCAACAUGGAUCACACGGACCGCUCGCUUCGCGCCUUUCUCAAGCAUCAUCUCUUUGCUUCGGAUCCGGUCCUGCCGCCGGAUGAGUACCAUGUAACGAAACGCCAGGAGGCCAUGAGGCUGCUCUUCUUGGUGGUGAUCUCGGCGUUAUCCUGUCCGAUUAUCGACCAUUUGCUUUGGGACUGGGGGGCAUUUGUCAAGAACGAGUGGAUCUAUAAAGCCUGGAUAAUUUAUUCGGCGCUCAGGGUCUUUCAGAUUGGGGUGGUGUUUGGUAUGGAUGUACCGAUGGUGCUUUUGUGUAUAGACCUGCAGUGUUUGUUUACGGCGACAGCGACCGUGGCGCUGGCGUGGGUGACCUUUGGGGGAAGGUAUGGCGUGGUGGAUAUUUGGGAUAGGAGGAUUGAGAGGUGGGUGAAGGCUUUCGAAAAGGAGAGAUCUGAGGUGACGCUGGAAGAGUGGAAGAUUUUAUGGGAGAAGCAGAUUCUGGGGAUGAGCUUGAAGGCCGUUAAAGAUGAGGUGGAUAUGGACGAGAGGAACAACGAGUUGCUGACUUGGCGGAGGGGGAUGAAGGAGGGCAGGGGGUAUGGACCUGAUUAUUGGUUGCCGAGGGUAAAAGGAGCGGAAAGGCCGUUCCAGUAUUCGAACAAUGUGGAUGGGGACGCGAACCACCCUAGAGAUACUGCUCCUAAUCAUGUAUCUUGGUGUUGGGAAUGCAAGGCAUACGUUUAUGGCCAUGCAAGCCGAUGAUUUGGCCCGAAAGCAGCAAGGAGAGUUAUUCGGAGGCACCCAAUGUGUUGCUCACCGCACAAUUUGGACAAAUGCAGUGGUCACCAUAGACAAUCGAGCGAAUCGAAUCGAGGUUUUCUCAUG